CCUCCCCGGUGCCCUCUACCUCCACUGGCUUCACCAGAGAAGGAAAAGGGCCCUCCCUGACCCCCGUCCAAUAGUGAGGACGAGUGUGUGUCGGCGAUGGGAGACAUCUGCCUGAGCGAGGAUGAGGACGACAUACUGCUAUCGGCUGAUGGCGGUGUCCCCCUCGCCCAAUAAUUGUACCGUCAUCCAGUGCAACCUCCACCACAGUCAGACCGCAACGGUUCAGCUUCGGAAGUGGUUGGAGGCAAACGACACAGCCGUGGCGCUGAUUCAGGAACCGUGGAUCGGCGCCCGCGGCCAAAUAAAUGGACUCUCACAUCUGAGAGGUAAGCUACUAUCCACUACUAUCUCAGAUAAACCACGGACAUGUAUAUACUACUCAAACAAGUUACACAUACAGCCACUAACACAAUUCUGUUCCAGAGACCUGUGUGCCGUAAAGCUUCUAGCUGACGCGGCCACGGGCCUGCCUGAAGUGGUACUCGCCUCUGUCUAUAUGGCGGAGACUGAUGUGCCACCACCACAGGAAAUGGUACAGCUAAUCAACCACUGCGAGCAGAACGGCCAGCACAUUGUCGUGGCCACUGACUCCAAUGCCCACCAUCCGCUGUGGGGCAUGGAACUCGCGAAUGAAAGAGGUAAGAACUUAACAGAAUACUUAUUUACAACUAACCUUCAAAUUCUCAAUAAAGGUACAACACCAACUUUUGUAAAUAAAAGGAGUAGAACCAUCAUAGACCUAACCCUAGCGUCAGACGGAGCAGCGAAUCUUGUCCAUGACUGGCACGUGUCCGAAGAAGCAUCUCUCUCGGACCACAGAUGGAUAAGAUUCAACUUAGAAACAGUUAUCAAAGUACAACAACCGAAACGGAACCCCAGAAAAACCGAUCGGAAAAUUUACACUGACAAACUACACCAGAGCCUGGAGAAACCGGUAGCACCGGGAAGACUGCUGGACACAGCGCAGAUAGAAAUACAGGUUAAAGAACUGACGUCAAACAUAUUGAAGAGUUACAACUCCGCAUGCCCAUUAAGUGACCCAGCCCCGCGACAAGGCCACCAAUGGUGGGGGCCUGAGCUUGAGAGGCUGCGAAGAAGGGUAAGGAGACACUUCAAUAGAGCAAUGAACACAUGCGCGGAUGAGGACUGGGAAAAUUACAAGACGGCCAAAUCCAAAUUAAAGAAACGCAUACGAUUCAGGAGCACCGCGUCAUGGCGAGGCUACUGCGGGAACAUCACGUCUUGUGCACAAGCGAACAGAGUAAGAAAAAUCCUAGCGAACUCAAAUGCAAGUGAACUAGGUUCAAUACGUAAAACAAACAACACAUUCACAACUUCCCCUGAAGAAACGGAAAGAACCCUACUGGAAGCACAUUUCCCAGGAUGCAGGUUCGUCCGAGAUGACAGGCGCGAAGAAAUGAACUACAACACAUCGACCCGAAACUGGCGAUACGCUGAAUAAGUAGUAACAUACGAAAAAACAAAAUGGGCAGUGAACACAUUCGAACCAUACAAAGCUCCGGGCCAAGAUGGAGUUUUUCCCGCACUCCUACAAUGGGGUGGGGACACACUGGCCCGGCACCUGGUUGACAUCUUUCGGGCCUGUCUAGCCUUCGGCUAUGUGCCCCAUAGCUGGAGAGACGUAAAAGUCAUUUUUAUACCAAAACCAGGUAAGAACGACUACACUGAUGCAAAAUCCUUCAGGCCGAUCAGCCUCACAUCGUUCUUUUUGAAGACGCUAGAGAGGCUAUGUGACAGAGAACUGAGGGACGGAGCUCUAAAGAACAU